AUGCGUUUCACACAAAUCGCCACUCUUCUUUCCGUUGCCGCUGCGGCCAGCGCCCAAUAUACGUACAACAUCACUCAGGCAGAAAAGCCGGGUAACAUGGAGAAGUACAAGUGCUUGGACAACAAGAAACUCAGCAGCUGGAUGCCAAAGUGCCUUCACGAAUGCCAGGAUGCGGCCAACAAGGAUGUGACCAACAAAGCCCCCAAAGAUAAAAAGUGUGCGGAACAUGACUUUGCUUGCCACUGCAUCGAUUAUAGUCACUACUCUGCCCUCAUUGAGCCCUGCGCUUUUCCCGCCUCCCUUGGUGGUGAGGGAACCUGCUCUUUUGAGGAACUUAGCAAGGCACGCCCUAUUGUUCAGGACAUGUGCAACUUCUUCAACGCUACCCUCUACGAUGCCUACGAAGAGUGCCAUAUGGAGCUUAGCGAGGACUACACUUACGAGAUCCUUUCUGAGGAGGAGUUUGGAGAGGUCACUUACUAG